UGGACAGACCUCCUGGUGGAGCAGACAGACCUCCUGGUGAGCAGACAGACCGCCUGGUGAGCAGACAGACCAGCAGACCUCCUGGUGGAGCAGACAGACCUCCUGGUGAGCAGACAGACCGCCUGGUGAGCAGACAGACCAGCAGACCUCCUGGUGGAGCAGACAGACCUCCUGGUGAGCAGACAGACCGCCUGGUGAGCAGACAGACCAGCAGACCUCCUGGUGGAGCAGACAGACCUCCUGGUGAGCAGACAGACCGCCUGGUGAGCAGACAGACCAGCAGACCUCCUGGUGGAGCAGACAGACCUCCUGGUGGAGCAGACAGACCUCCUGGGGAGCGGACAGACCAGCAGACCUCCUGGUGGAGCAGACAGACCUCCUGGGGAGCAGACAGACCAGGCUCCAAUAGACCAGGGUAUUGACCAGUGGACCAGGGUCUGGAACAGUAGACCACUAGGCGUAGACCAGAAGAGGAUGCGGGUCCUGCUGCUGCUGCUGCUGUCUGCUGAUUGGUCGCAGGCCCAGAAGUCGGAGCCAGGGCUCGGCGGGUCUGGGGGGGGGGGGUUCAGGGGAGCGGACCGCUACGACUUCGCCCUGGUGGUCCCCGCGGCCACACAGGAAUGUUUCUGGCAUUUUGCCCACCAGAGCGGAAACUUCUACCUGGACCACAUGGUCCAGUGGGUGACUGGGAUGGCGUCUGAUCACCGAUUGGCUGUGAGGGUUCUGUCUCCAGACGGCUCUCUCAUAUCUUCCUCCUACCAGGUCAUAGGUCAAAUCCACUUCGAGACCCAAACCACAGGGUUCUACCAGAUGUGUUUGGGGAACCAGAACCGGCUCGGGGCGGUUCGGGUCUUCCUGAACUUCGGGGUCGUAUACGGAGGUCAAGAGGUCACGGAGGUCAACGGGGUCAACAGCUCUCUGCUCAACAUACAGGGCAGCGUGGUGCGGCUGCAGACCGCGGUGUUCCACAUUUGGAGGUUCUAUUCCCACGCCCGGGCGCGGCGGGGGGGCGACCUCCACCUGCUGGACUCCACCCGGGACUACGUCAGCUGGUGGAGCCUAGCCCAGACCCUCGUCAUCCUGACCGCCGGUCCCCUGCAGCUCCUCUUCCUCAGAAGGCUCUUCAUCAACCACACACACAAGACACGCUGCUGAGACACAUACA